AGGAGGAAGAGGAGGAUGUUGCGAGCUGGGUGACAGUCAGGAUGCAGGGUGAUGUGAGGAGACUUCUGGCCGAUCUGCAGCGAGAUGAGGAAGAGGAGUUCUACAGCAUGAUGAUGAGGAGGCCUCGAGAUCAUUUCAGUAACAACCACCCAGCACUGAAAUCCCCCAUCCUGGUCCGUGGUCCUCGCAGAAGGUCUGGAGACAGUCUGGACACCUUCAGCAGACAUUUUGAGAACAUUAUGGAGUCGCAUCGUGCAAAGGGCACCUCCUACAGCAGCCUGGACAGUCUUGACCCGCUGACCUCCAGCACUCAGACUGUUCUGACCUUUGACCUACCCACAUUGACUCCACAGGUGCAGGGUCAGAUCUACCAGAGCGCACGGCAAAUCGUAGAGCUCAGUUUUGCUCCACUGGCACACGUAGAGAUACCCAGCCUCUCGGAGUCUGUGUUGACCAUAACUGGUGACACCGAUGCAACACGGGCGCCGUCCAGCGAACGACUCAGCAGCGGGUCAGAUGAUCGGAACAGCCAGAGCUGGCAGAGCAACCCAGCACUCUCACUGCCCAGGACAGGCUGUUCCAUAACCGCGGGACCUUCACUGUCAGUAAACAGAGAGAAGUCACCUCGCUUUGCUGCAGACACAGAUCUGGAUCAGGAGCUGUGUGAGCGUUUGGGUUUGGGUAGUAAUGACACUCUCAGCAACGGUAACCGUGCCGACCUGGAAGCUGCCAAACGUCUGGCCAAACGACUCUUCAAUCUCGACGGAUUCAGGAAGUGUGAUAUUGCACGUCAUCUGAGUAAAAACAAUGACUUCAGUCGUCUGGUGGCAGAAGAAUAUCUGCACUACUUCAAUUUUACUGGAAUGACUUUGGACCAAGCAUUACGGGCAUUCCUAAUUGAAUUCGCUCUGACGGGCGAGACUCAGGAACGAGAGCGAAUCUUAGCACACUUCUCCCGUCGAUUCCUGCAGUGCAACGCCGCGUCUCUCAAGCUAUCUGAAGACAGUGUCCAUACAUUGACCUGCGCCCUCAUGUUGCUCAACACAGACCUGCACGGCCAUAACGUUGGCAAGCGGAUGUCCUGCCCGCAGUUUAUCGGGAACCUGGAAGGACUAAACAGCGGCCAUGAUUUUCCUAAAGAACUCCUCAAGGCGCUGUACAACUCUAUAAAAAAUGAAAAGCUGCAAUGGACAAUUGAUGAAGAGGAGUUGCGUAAGUCGUUCUCAGAGUUGGGUGAGCAGCGGGCAGAGCCGAACUCCAGAGGUGCGAAGGGGUUGGGCAGCGGGUUGGUCUCGCCGUCUGGCGCGCUGCUGUACAAAACCGGCUUCCUGGUGCGGAAGGUUCAUGCCGACUGUGAUGGAAAGAGAACACCUCGCGGGAAGAGAGGGUGGAAAACAUUUUAUGCUGUGCUUAAGGGACUCAUCCUUUACCUGCAGAAGGGUGAGUAUCGGCCAGAUAAACAGUUAUCUGAUGAGGAUCUGAAGAAUGCCGUGUCCAUUCAUCAUUCUCUGGCCAUCCGAGCCACAGACUACAGCAAACGACCAAAUGUGUUCUACCUCCGGACAGCAGACUGGAGAGUCUACCUCUUUCAGGCCCCAAACGCUGAACAAAUGCAGUCUUGGAUCACGCGCAUCAACACGGUGUCAGCCAUGUUUUCAGCCCCGCCCCUCCCUGCUGCCAUUGGCUCACAGAAGAAAUUCAGUCGUCCGCUGCUGCCAGGCUCCACCUCCAAGCUGUCACAGGGGGAGCAGGUACAUGCUCAUGAAACUCGAUUCCGUUCCAUCUCCACUGAACUCAGUCAACUGCGCUCUUAUCCGCCCGACCGAAAGGUAAAAGGUCGUGAACUUGAGGAAUACCGACUGAGAGAGGAAUAUCUAGAGUUUGAGAAAACACGCUACGAGACGUACAGCAUGCUGCUGCGGGCGAAACAGCGUUGUGUCAUCGAUGACCUGUCUGUGUUUGAAACCAUGCUCCUGGAGGAGGGCGCGUUACAGAGAGCUCAGUCCAGUCCCACCUUACAAGACAGCAGUUUGAGCUGCAGCACCAGAGACGGGCUGAGCCAGAGCGCCGAUGCCGACGGCCAAGAUGCUUCCGGUAACGGCUGCUCGCGCGGUCAGGGCCAGAGACACAGUUACCGUCAGGCCGUCCGUAAAUGA